UUAAGGCGUUAUUAAGUUUUAUAUUCGACGGUUAUUUGAUGAAUACGCGUGUUUGUUGUUUGUAAAGCGGAACCCGAGGUCUGGAGUGCAGAGAUCCAGCCGGACGCGUUCACAGCAGAAUAAACUGUGAAUGGUGUGCAGUCAUCUGAAUUAAAAACUGCAGGAUUAUGUUCAAAAACACAUUUCAGAGCGGCUUUCUGUCCAUCCUCUACAGCAUCGGCAGCAAACCCCUGCAGAUCUGGGACAAGAAGGUCAGAAACGGACACAUAAAGCGGAUCACAGACAAUGACAUCCAGUCUUUAGUUCUGGAGGUGGAGGGGACGAAUGUGAGCACCACUUACAUCACGUGUCCCGCCGACCCCAAGAAAACCCUCGGCAUCAAGCUGCCCUUCCUCGUCAUGAUCAUCAAGAACCUCAAGAAGUAUUUCACAUUCGAAGUUCAGGUGCUGGACGAUAAGAACGUGCGGCGGAGGUUCAGGGCGAGUAACUAUCAGAGCACGACCCGUGUGAAGCCCUUCAUCUGCACCAUGCCCAUGCGGCUGGACGACGGCUGGAAUCAGAUCCAGUUCAACCUGUCUGAUUUCACACGCCGGGCGUACGGCACCAACUACAUCGAGACGCUGAGAGUGCAGUUUGUGGAUGAAAUGUCAGAGAUGUCGCUGAGGAACACAUCUCUGGACUCAUCCGAUGAGGAUGUUUCCUCCAGUCACUGUACUGACAGGCUUGUGAAACAUCAACUGCUGAUGAACAAAUUCCUGGACCUUCAGUACAGAGCCCGAGAGCGCCAGGAGGAGUUUCAGUCACUGCUGGAGGCGAUUUAA